AUGGCUUCGUACACACGAACGCCCAAUGGCUCGGUGCCUCCUAAUUACCCCCACCAACUGCCAGCCCCCUCUCACCCACACGGCAGCAACUACCCUCGGCCACAACCGUUGCCAUCAAUGGCACCUCCCAGCAACGGGAGUGCCUCCUACGGUGGCGCGCCCGGCUAUGGUCAGCCGCAACAACCUUAUCAGCACCACCACUCACCUUACCAAAACCAGCCGCCUCACCACCAGCAGCAACAGCCACAGCAAAGCCAGCAACAGCCUCCUCAGCAUCAACAGCCUUACCAGCAGCCACCCCCACCAUCUGCCCACCAGCACCAGCAGCAACAGAACGCGCACUCAAGCCCGACCUCGACCUCACCUAUUCAGCAGCAGCCGCCGCCCUCCGCAGGCGAGGCGGGUACUUCGAGAUUAGAAGCCGUGUCUACCGUGGUUGGUCCUCGCAGAUAUGCUCUCGAGGUGGAACAGCAACCCAUCCGCGCCCGUAUGUGUGGCUUCGGCGACAAGGAUCGGAGACCACUUACACCUCCACCAGCUCUCAGGCUGGUCGUCACCGACGUUCAGACCGGCCGAGAGGUUGAUGUUAACUCUAUCGACUUCGCUCAAUAUGUUGUGACCGUGGACCUCUGGGACGAAACGGGGACACGGGAAGUGAAUCUCGUUAGAAGCACGACAGCCACUCCGGCGAUAUCAUCCACCAUCCACGAGUCUUUUAACAACCUCGAGACCAUGCCCUACCGGGCAGCUAACAUCGCACCCUAUCCCGCCGCUCACCCUGGUCAAAUGACUCUUUACAGCCAACAUCAAUCACCUGUCAACCCCUAUGCACCUAACCAAUAUGGCCAAGUCCAAUCUUACCCACAGCCACCAGCGUCCAAUGGUUUCGGCCAGCCUCCCUACGGAUACUCCAACGAUUUUGCGCCCAUGUACCGGCCCCCUCAGGUCUUCGAGCCUGGCAUGGGUGGCGCCCAAAGAUUAUCGAUCGGGGGAGCUCCGGGCUCGAGCAUCCAGGGCAUGUUCACCAGAAACCUCAUCGGAAAUUGUGCCGGCAGCGCCUUCAGGCUACACGACACAAAGGAAAGGAUUGGAAUCUGGUUCGUCAUGCAGGAUUUGAGUGUCAGGACCGAGGGCUCGUUUAGGCUCCGGUUCUCUUUUGUCGAUGUCAAACCCACGGCCGACCAAAAGGGCGAUGCCCCUGUUAAGACAGGCAGGGCGCCGAUUCUGGCCUCAGUGUUCAGUGACGUCUUCCAGGUCUAUUCGGCCAAGAAGUUCCCAGGUGUAUGCGAUAGCACAGAUCUCAGCAAGUGCUUCGCAACCCAGGGCAUCAAGAUCCCGAUCAGGAAAGAAGGCGGCAAGGCAGGCGGCGGCGAUGAUGAUGACGACGAGGAGUAA